GCUUAGCCUUGAUUUCUUCAAUUGUCCCUCCGCAUAUCAACUUUUUACAAAGAAAAGCCUGUCCGCGAUGACAUUUGGAGGUGAAUUGGAAGACGAGGUCAGCCAGGUGAUUUCAGAACUGGUUCCUGUGCAGGCUGACUGGCUUGCAAGUCUCAGUUCCUGUGCAGUGCAGUAAAGCUACUCACUUGGUCAGAGGAUUGCAAUGAAACCAGCUCAGGAGCGCAACCAGGAGUGCCUGCCUCCUAAGAAGAGGGACCUCCCAAUUAGUAACAGCGGAGGAGCUGGAGGGACUGGGGGAGGUGGGGCUGCAGUUGGGGGUGGUGGCAGUGGAGGUGGCAGUGUUGCUGGCGGUGGUAUUGGAGAAGAUGAAGUGGUUUCCAUCCAGAACUCUGCAGCCAACAGUGACACUCAGGGAGGGACCCCAUCCGGAGAGUGGCUGCGAGCUCAGCCAGGACUUCAUUAUGGAGUGGAUAAUUCUGAUGGCAUACCAGCAGUGCCCAUUGACCAGUACAGUAUGCUCUACAAAGUGGCUCUUCCAUCUGUUACCUACUCACCUACCAGUCUUCACCCAGUGUUAAGCCACAUCUCUCCAGCCUACACUGUUCAUUCUCCUCUUCUGCAACAUCCAGGCCUUCCCUAUCCUCCUCUUGGUUAUGCCCAAAUCCCUCAUUCCUCUCUACAGUUUGUUAGUUCACCUUAUGCAGCGGUACCUUAUGCUCUGACCCCUGGCUUUGUCCCAGGACCAUUAAUAUCUCCUUCAGGCACCAUCCCUCAGCCCCACUCUGUAUCCCACCUUGUUCCCUAUCCAUCUGUCAUUCAGGAAGGUGUUGUUUCCCCACCUCCCCAGGCCCAGGUAGCUUCUCAUACCUUUGCCAAAGUUGCAGCAUCUAGUGGUGUCCCACUCAUGCUACCUUCAGAGCAAGCUGCCCAGCAGCACCUUGGUACUGUAGGAGUCCUGCCUGCAACAGAGGUCAGCUCUCGAGGGAUGCCAGUCUUCUACCACCCUCAGGGCGCCAGGGCUGCCACUGCCACCAGAGACCCCCACGGUGCCCAGCAGGAGAAUGAACCAGAGAUGAAUGGAGGGGAUAAAGAGCAGGGAGCCAGGGAGGUCGUACCAGACUCGAUCUUCACUGCCAGAAAUGCACGUCUGCCACUGAUGGCACUCAGCUCUGCAACACAGGAUCACAGCCAAGACAGAGGCCUGCAGAACCGAAGACUGGAGGAGAGGAGCUCACCUGGUCAGCGCAGCACUCCAGACAGCGACCUGGAGGUGCAGCAGGUGGUUGGUCGUUUGGCUUCUUCCAGCCAUGGAGUUAGUGGAGUGCGGAAAGAGGUCUCCUUUGCCCCCUUGAACCUCUCUCAGGGUGCCCAGAGAGCCAGAGAUGUCCAUGGAGAGAACACUGGUGUAAUUUCCAGCCGGGCUGCGUACACGGUGCAACCUGCGACUUACAGUGACCCCAGAGUGACCGGUCUCCAGCAGCAAACAGGACAACCAGGCCAUGCUGUUGUGCUUGCCAAUGGACAACCAGUUCUUAUUCCCCUGGAGUAUCACCCGCAGCAUCAGCCCCAGCCACCACAGCAACACUACCCAGGACAGGCUAAUGAUGUCUCAGCCAGCCAUGCCUCUACCACCAUGGCCUCCAUUAACCCAAGCUUUAAAGCCUCUGAUUCUUCAGCCAGAGUGUGCCUCCCUGAAAGAGUGGAGCCGACCACAGCUCAGCAGCAGCUUCUACAGCAUCCUCCGGUCCAGCCUACAGCAGAUGUGACUCAGGCCUUAGCUUCAAGCCUCGCUCCCGCCCCGACUCCUUGCAACCCGUCACACUUCAUGAAGGGGGCCAUUAUCCAGCUGGCUACUGGGGAACUGAAGCGUGUGGAGGACCUGCAGACUCAGGACUUUGUACGGAGCGCCGAAGUGAGUGGGGGGCUUAAGAUCGACUCCAGCAUGGUGGUGGACAUCCGUGCCAGCCAGCAGAGACCAGGUCUCGUGUCGCUUCACUUUACUGUGGGCGAGCAGCAGAGCAAAGUGACCAUUGAUGUGCCCCCAGAGCACCCCUUUUUUGUGUUCGGACAGGGCUGGUCUUCCUGCAGCCCGGAGCGUACAGCCCAGCUCUAUGGCUUGGCCUGCCAUCACCUGCAAGUAGGAGAUGUGUGUGUGUCCAUCACGCUGCAGCAGCAGCUUCAGCCACAACAGCAGAAACAACAACAACACCAUCAUUCACAGCAGCAGCAACAACAACAACAACAACAACAACAGCAACAGCAACAGCAGAACCUGUCCAGGACUAUGAGCAAAACCAAAGCUACAUCAGGACCUGGUCACCAGCUCAUGGGGCCUCCUGCCCCUCAGCAGUCACGGUCUCAGUCUCAUUUCAGGAUAGACCGCAUCCACAGAGAAAGACAGCGGGAUGGGGAGAAAGAUGUGGUCGAUAAGGAGGAAGCCACACAUUUGGGGGUUGUUGGGCACACUGAGUCGCCCAUCAGACCAAGUAGGACCUCAGCAGAGCAUCCAAGGAGCCAGAGCAGUUACCACUUGCACACAGAGAGCUCUGCUUUUGCAGGGGCAGGGAUGGGAGUGAUGCAUGCAGCGCUAGGUGCUUCUCAGAGGCGCUGGUCCUCACCUGGCCUCCAAAGAUACAGUAUGAAGGGAGACGAAGGGCCACGCCCUCAGAUAAGCACCUCCAGCCACACAAGGCCCUCUUUCAUCCCCCAGGAGGUCAAACUGUCCAUUGAGGGGCGCUCUAAUGCAGGGAAGUAGCAUCACAUUUGGUAGCAACUAUAGAAGAGACUGCCAUGAGUAAGAAUGAGUCUG